ACACACACACACACUUGUCCUGCUCUCUUUUCGUUCCGUUUCGUUCCGUUUCGUUCCUCCUGCCUCCAAUUGGAAACCCACCACAAAGAAGCAAAAGCACCAAUAGCCGAGACCGAGACCUCGAGCCAGCCGAGCAGCUUCCACCUCUGACCCAAACCCAACCCCAUUCAGCAGAACAUCCAGUUAUAGCUUAAUUAAUCCUUUUCUUUAUACCGACUCCCUCGUGGCCUCGUCGCCUCAGCUCCACCACCACCACCUCCACCCGCGCCUCCAAAAUCCAAAUCCGAUCGAUCUCCGCGGCCUCCAGAUCCCCCGGCGGGCGGAGACGGCGAGCUCCAGGCGGCCAAGAAGCCCCCCCCUCGCAGCGCUCCUCUCCUCUGCCUCUCCGAAUCCCUUACCAGGUCCGUGCGGGCCGUUCUUGCUGGCUGGCUGCUCCCUGCAUUGGGCACGGUUGCUGGAGCUUUUCCGUGCGCUGUUUUGGGUGUAAAAGCUUCGAUUUUUACGUGGUGUAACAUCCAAUUUCCGGUGCUGGCGCUGGGAUUUUGCUUCGGUUGGGGUGGGGGCUUGGGGCUGGUUGCCGCGGGUGGCGCUGGCCCGUGGCCGGAUGUGGACCGGCCGGGUAAUGCGAAUGGGAAGGGGUCGUUUGGUUUGGUCAGAGCUUGACUUUUCGCCAGCCGCCGCCGUGGACUCGGCCUCUGUCUUUUCUCUCUCUCUCUCUCUGCAAAUCGCCUGCUUUGGACAUUGUAGAUCACCUACCUCGACACAUUUUCUGGAUUGUCGAACAACUUGCGAAGCUUUGGAUAGAGUGGUGCUCGUCCAAUGUUAGUAGCUUGCCAUCACAAUUUCCGGAACAGAUCGUGACUGGGUGGCGUACUAGCUAGCGCAUCGCAAUACGUACUAGAACCACCACCGAAUAUCACUGGGGGUGGGUGGACUGCUCGGUUGUUGUAGAAUUGUAGGGACAAAUCUUGGGGGAAAAAACAUUGCCUGAAAGUUCUUCAGGCCCUGGUGUAGCAGCUGAAUUACCCAGUUUAAUGGCGAAGAACGAGCUUUAGAUGGUCUAAAGAUGGAGAUGAGAUAGAAGCACCACAAAGUGUACAGUGGGGUAGCAAGGAUAUGACUGUCAUGAUGCCUCAGCGCCACCGGGCUACAGCCAAGAAGCCCAUGUGGAUAAUCGUGCUCUUGUGCAUGGUUUGCAUCGUGCUGAUUGGGGCUUACGUCUUCCCACCGCGGCGCUUCUCUAACUGCUACCUCUCUGCUUCAAGUGUAUGCGCACCUUUCAAGGAUUGGCUCCCUUCUAUGGGCCGUCGGGAGAGAACUGACGAGGAGAUUAUUUCAUCUGUAGUUAUUAGGGAUAUCCUUUCAAUGCCCAUGCCUAUGCCAAAAAAUCCAAAGAUUGCCCUUAUGUUCUUGACACCAGGUUCAUUGCCCUUUGAGAAAUUGUGGGAGAAGUUUUUACAGGGACAUGAGGGAAGAUACUCCAUCUAUGUGCACGCAUCACGUGAAAAGCCUGUUCAUACUAGUUCUUUGUUUGCUGGCCGGGAUAUUCACAGUGAUGCGGUAGUAUGGGGAUUGAUUUCAAUGGUUGAUGCUGAGAAAAGAUUGUUAGCGAAUGCACUGGAAGAUGUUGAUAAUCAAGUUUUUAUCUUGCUUUCUGACAGUUGUGUUCCACUGCAUUCAUUUGAUUAUGUGUAUAAUUACCUCAUGGGAACGAAUGUUAGCUUCAUUGAUUGUUUCAAGGAUCCAGGUCCACAUGGCAGUGGAAGGUACUCUAUUGAGAUGUAUCCUGAAAUAGACGAGAGGGAUUUUAGAAAGGGUGCCCAGUGGUUUGCAGUUACAAGGAGACAUGCUUUAAUGAUUCUGGCUGACAGCUUGUACUACAAGAAGUUCAAGCUAUACUGCAAGCCAGCAGAAGGGCGCAACUGUAUUGCAGAUGAGCAUUAUUUGCCAACCCUGUUCAAUAUGGUAGAUCCUGGUGGGAUCUCUAAUUGGUCUGUUACACAUGUGGAUUGGUCUGAGGGAAAAUGGCAUCCAAGGUCAUAUAGCGCUGAUGAUGUCACCUAUGAUCUCUUGAAGAACAUUACAGCAGUUGAUGAGAACUUCCAUGUAACAAGUGAUGACAAGAAACUUGUGAUGCAGAAGCCGUGUUUGUGGAAUGGAUCAAAGAGACCGUGCUAUCUUUUCGCUAGGAAGUUUAAUCCUGAAGCACUUGACAACCUACUGAAGCAAUUUACCAGUUACACAUCUGUUUGAGUCCUACCGGAUUCUUUGCCUUGUGCUGUCAAAUCCGACAAGCUUUUUUCUCUUCCUGUUUAUAUGUAAAUUGUGAAGUCCGUACUUAUUAGGAUCUGGGCCUGAAGAUACCGGUACAACUGCAACAGCUGUGAUGGCUUGGAGCUGAGUCAUGGGUAAAACGGCCACAGCGAUGUUUAUAGAAUGGCACUGCCCUCAUAGUAAUUUAUCGUGUUCAAUGUAUGUCUCCAUAGUCUUCCACCCAACUCCCAACUCAUUAGUUCUUUAUUCUUGGAGAACAGUUUUUGUCAGAGUGUUAUACUGUCAUGAUAUGAUCCAUUCUUUGUAGACACAGAGAUUACAACAGAUGUAUCACAAAUGCAGUCUUAAUUUUGUCACUAUUAAAUCUUUUAUCA